AUGCCCAAUCCCAGUAAAGAUGGAGGAACAAGCACAGGUAUAGGAAUAGGUUCGUUGGGUUGGAAAAGAUCGAAUUCGCCUUUGCAGAUACCUAAUACGUUGUUGGAAGAUCAGGACCAGGAUCAGGAUCAAGGAGGUCAACGUCAAUCGCAUUUGCAUUUAGCGCGUGAGCCUUCAACCACCACAUUCCGGCCGGUGCUCCUGCUCUCCUCGCAACCUUACACCGUAUCACCAUGUCCAUCCUUGACUUGUUCCCCAUCUUCACCUCUCCCUUCUUCACUUGAUCCGUAA